UACUCGCUUUGUGUUACACCGGCGUGACCUAGUAGUGCAGUGUGUCCUCCAAACUGUCAUCAUUUCACUUGUGAUCAUUUAAGAACAAGGACAGCCGAAAUAUGGUGUACGAGGAGAAAAUGAUCACAAACGGAGAACCCGAAGAUGAAGAAGAAGAAGAAGAGGACGAGGAAGAUUUGGUGGAUCCCCUUGAGUCAAUGCGACAGAAGUGUGCCGAGACGGAACACUGCGUGCACACUCAGGCACGCCUGGAGCAGUGCGAGACGCGAGUCAACUCUCGCUCCGCCACAGAGGAGGAUUGCACCGAGGAGCUUUUUGACUUCCUCCACGCUAGGGACCACUGUGUGUCACACAAGCUUUUCCAUUCAGUAAAAUGAAAACCCUCCUUCUUCUAUGGCACAUGCACGAUAGGGAAACUGUGGUGCUAAAUACAUAUAGUAUAUAUGUCAAUCUGCUGUUUGUUGUUAUUCUAACUGUAUGAUCAUGUGGACAAGACAGCAGGUGUAAAUGUCAUAAAAAGUCAAUAUUUGAUUAAAGUGGACAACUGAA